AUGACGACUCGCAAACACAAUGAUUUUCUAGAUAUUGCGGCCAGUGAUGAUGAGGCCAGCGGCAGCGACCGCGGCUACGACUCUGAAGCCAAUGUGGUGGAGAGCAAAGGACGGGCCGUGAAGCGGCGGCGGACGACAACCACGCAAGAUUUCACGCAAGAGUCUGACGAAGACGAGGAAGAGGAGGAAAACGACAAAGAUGCCGAGAAAGAAGACGAAGAUAACCACAACGAAGACGGUGGCACAAGUCUAAAAGACCCAGCACAACCUAACACCAAAUCAGCCAAGUCGCUCAAAGCAAAGGGCAAGCUCGCCAAGCUGUCGAAACUCGCGAACGGCAAAGAACCUAAGAAAAAGCGCUCAGGUGUCAUAUACUUCUCUUCUCUCCCGCCGUACCUGAAACCCUUCGCCUUGAAAGCAAUGCUAGAGAAGAGAGGGUUCGGAGGUAUCACAAAGAUCUUCCUAGCCCCUCUUCUCCCAUCUGCAGCCGGCCAUCGAAACCGCUCAAAUAAGAGAAAGCUCUACACUGAAGGGUGGAUCGAGUUCGACUCCAAAAAGACGGCCAAGAUCUGCGCGGAGACCUUGAAUGCGACUAUCGUGGGUGGUUUGAAGUCGAGCUGGUAUCACGAUGAUGUGUGGAACAUCAAAUAUCUCUCACGGUACUCCUGGGAAGAUCUUAUGCAAUCUGUACAACGAGAGAGAUCUGAAAGGGAAAGCAAGAGGAAGAUUGCCGACGCUCGCGAAUCCAAGGAAGCUAAAAUGUUCAUUGCGGGUGUUGAGAGUGGUCGCAUUGCUGAUGGCAUGGCGAAAAAGAAUGAGGAGAAGAUGAAGAGGCGCUUGGAGGCGGCUGGUGAGGCGGCUGGCGAUGGGGAUAAGGAACUGCAGCCUAAGAAGGACAAGCAGCCCACGAGAAGGCGGUUCCAUUUCCAGCAGAAUGAGGUUGUAAAGGGAUCGAAGGAUGGUGCUAUGGCCGAGGACGCGAAGCGGGUACUUGGGAAGAUCUUCUAA